UACUCUCUAUGUAGUCUCUAUGAUUGCUGGUUGCUCAUCAGUUGUAUGAUUCUAGAUAUAAUUUUAGUAUAAUUCUGCUUAUUAUUUCAGCAUGUAUUACCUUUAAUAUCAGAUUUAGAUGAUCCUCUCAGUCCAUCUCCAGAAGCUCAGAAGGCUAACGAUGGCCCGGUCAUCAGAAGAGAGUUUAUGAUGACCACAUGACUCCAAGAUCAUUUCUACACUGCUCCUUAAUACCAUAAAAAUCCCUAAACGGGUGUCCUGAAACCAGCCGGCUUGACACCCCCACUGCUCCCACUAUGCUGUUCUCUCUGCGCGAGCUGGUGCAAUGGCUCGGUUUUGCCACCUUCGAGCUCUUCCUCCAUCUGGGAGCGCUGCUCGUAUUCAGCGUGCUCGUGGCGCUUCGUGUCGACCUGCUGACCACCAUGAGCUGGUGGCUGGUGUUCGUGCCGCUCUACGCCGCCGACGGCCUCAGCACCUACUUCACGGUGAUCGUGUCCAUCCGCCUGUACCUGGAGGGCGAAGAGCGGCUGGCCGUGCUGCGUCUGCUCUGGGUGCUCACCGUGCUCAGCCUCAAGCUGGUGUGCGAGGUGCUGUUGUGCCAGAAACUCGCCGAGCACGAGCAGAGCCGCGACCCGCUGUUCGGCCUCAUAGUCUCCCCUGUGUUCAUCCUUCUACAGCUGCUUAUGAUACGUGCAUGUCGCGUUAAUUAAUGUAAAGAUGACGGACCGUCGCCUCACCCAUGUGUUAAAGGACUUAAUGAGUGAAAUUAUUCACCUGUACAUCAUUCAAAUCAGGACACGAGAGAUUUGAAAAGGACUUCCAGAGGUACUGCAGGGUAAAUGACUUGGGAUUUUUACUGUAUUGAAUGGCUCAAGCUUAUACACUGAUCAGGCAUAACAUUAAAACCACCUCCUUGUUUUUACACUCACUGUCCAUUUUAUCAGCUCCACUUACCACAUAGAAGCACUUUAGUCCAGUUGUUUCUCUGCAUGCUUUGUUAGCCUCCUUUCAUGCUGUUCUUCAAUGGUCAGGACUCUCCCAGGACCACCACAGAGCAGGUAUUAUUUAUGUGGUGUGUUAGUGUGUGUUGUGCUGGUAUGAGUGGAUUUUAAACACCGUGUCCACUCACUGUCCACUCUAUUAGACACUCCUAACUAGUUGGUCCACCUUGUAGAUGUAAAGUCAGAGACGAUCGCUCGUCUAUUGCUGCUGUUUGAGUCGGUCAUCUUCUAGACCUUCAUCAGUGGUCACAGGACGCUGCUCGUGGGGGGCUGUUGGCUGGAUGUUUUUGGUUGGUGGACUAUUCUCAGUCCAGCAGUGACAGUGAGGUGUUUAAAAACUCCAGCAGCAUUGCUGUGUCUGAUCGACUCACUAACACAUCACCACCAUGUCAGUGUCAGUGCAGUGCUGAGAAUCAUCCACCACCCAAAUAAUACCUGCUCUGUGGUGGUCCUGUGGGGGUCCUGACCAUUGAAGAACAGGGUGAAAGGGGGCUAACGAAGCAUGCAGAGAAACAGAUGGACUACAGUCAGUAAUUGUAGAACUACAAAAUGGGCAGUGAGUGUAGAAACAAGGAGGAGGAUUUAAUGUUAUGGCUGAUCAGUGUAAAUACGUCAUUACAUCAACGUAAUUGUGCAAUUUUUAACGUCUGUCCAAAUGCUGAGUGACAUUAGCUCUCUGAAUGCUGUCUAUGUUCUGUAUGUAUAUACUGUAAAUAAAGCAACAUAUAAGCCAUCAUUUUAAUACA